AUGCCCAUCGCCAAACUACUCGUUUUCGGCGCAACCGGCGCCACUGGUCGUAUCAUCGUCGAACGAGCCCCGGAGCUUGGCUGGAAAGUCACCGUUUGCGGGAAGCGGACGCUACAGGAACAAGCCAAGAAUGAAGCCAUCACGACCGUGGAGGGCCCCCUCGACGAUGAAGAGACCCUGCGAACUGCAAUUGCCGGCCAGGAUGCCAUGAUCUCCGUCUUUGGCCCAUCGAACCCCCGUGCAUCAACAGCCAUAUUCAUACCCUCCUACAAGCUCAUACUCUCAACGAUGAAGAGCGAAGGCGUCAGGCGCAUCACUGCGCGGAGCACGUUCAGUGUGCCGGACGCGAAAGACAAGUCGAGCCUCCUGCGCUGGUUCCUGGUCACGGUAUUAUGGGCCGUUGCGCACAAGGUGUGGCAGACCGUGAUUGGCAUCGCCAAGGUGUUCGAUGAGGAGGGCGACGGUGUCGAUUGGACUCUAUUUCGUGUGGGUUUCCUCGCAAAUGGACCUCGCUCGAGUGUGGUUGAUGGCUACGUUGGUGACGGAACUGUCGGAUGCCCGCAGCCCAAGAUCCUCCACACAGCGGCAAAAGCCAUGGACGAGUUCAUGUCCUCAAAGUCUUCGGAUAUAGCUGUCCGCGAUGUUUGGCAUGCCACGGGGCUGCGAUACGCGAAUCACGGCUCUCUCAUCGCUGCAGGAACACAAAGCCCGCCCCGCCCUAGCGACCACGAGAUCAGCAGGUGGCGCAAAUGGAUGUAUACGAAGGAUCUCUUUACGCAAGAGGGGACGAACUUUACUGGGGAUACACCAGGUAGUAGCUUCGACGCUGGCACGCCAGCGUUCUUGUCACUCACCACUGGUAUACAAUCGUUGGGCAUCGAGUCAUCUCCGGCUACCCAGUCCAUGGACGGCGUAUCAGUUGACAGUGUCACAGACCUGCUGUUCAGUGGUUGA